GGCAAAAGGCUCUAGCCGGGCUGUGACGGCAAUAUUAACUACCAUUGAAACAGCGUAAUAUUAUGUAUAUUAGGCACUAUAGCAGCAUAUGGUAAUGGAUUUGAAUGCCAGUCUUCGUCGGUAGAUCAUUUUGAAAAGGUUAGCAUCAGUACCACUGUAAGGAAAGCUCGCAAAAUGUGUUGUCAAUAAUGAGGUACAGAGGAAGAUGCUAGCCGACUAGCUAGCAAAGACACGUCGUUGCCUCUCUUUAGCUGGCCAGCUAGGAAAACGGUCUACACGCCCAAAGAAGAUAUUUUCAUUUGUAGCCUAAAUGAUCGAACUCUGAAAUAAAUUCAUAGUUAUACAGUGAUUUUAGUCAGAGGGAGUACGCGCUGAACAUCUCCAGCUAAGUGCGUUUACAACGCUGUUGUAUCCGUCAUUGACAGCAACUGUUCACUUACAACACAAGAUUAUGGAGACACCGGGUAGGAUAGCACAGACGCCGGAUGCUGUGGACUUCACCGUGGAGAACGUGGAAAAGGCUCUGCAUCAGCUCUACUAUGACCCCAACAUUGAGAACAAGAACCUGGCCCAGAAGUGGCUCAUGCAGGCCCAGGUGUCUCCCCAGGCCUGGCAGUUCUGCUGGGCCCUGCUCAGCCCAGACAAGGUGCCAGAGAUCCAGUACUUUGGCGCGUCGGCCCUUCACACCAAGAUCUCGCGCUACUGGGCCGACAUCCCGGCCGAGCAGUACGACUCGCUCAAGACGCAGCUGUUCGCCCACAUCGCCCGCUUCGCCACGGGCGCCAAGAUCGUGCUGACGCGCCUGUGCGUGGCGCUGGCCUCGCUGGCGCUCAACACCAUGCCCGAGGCGUGGCCCGGCGCCGUCUCCGAGAUGGUGCGCGCCUUCCAGCAGGCCGAGGGCCCCGGCGGCGGCGGCGGAAGCCUGGACGGCCGCGCCCGCUGCCUGGCGCUGCUGGAGCUGCUGACCGUGCUGCCCGAGGAGUUCCAGACCAGCCGGCUGCCGCAGUACCGCAAGGGGCAGGUGCGCGGCGCGCUCGGCCGGGAGUGGGUGUCCGUGCAGCCGCUGCUCCAGCAGCUGCUGCGGCAGGCCGACUCGCCGGGGCUGGUGCGGGCGCGCGUGCUCAAGUGCCUGUCCAGCUGGGUGCUGCUGGACGUGCCGCUGUGCGAGAGCGAGGCCCUCGUGGAGGACGCCUUCGCCGCGCUGGCCGACCCCGAGCUGUUCGACGCCGCCGUGGAGGCCAUCGUCAACGCCGUCUCGCAGCCCGACUCCCAGAGGUAUGUGAAUACGUUGCUGAAGUUGGUUCCCCAGGUCUUACAACUACAGGAACAGUUGAGGGAGGCAGUGCAAAAUGGAGACAUGGAGACUUCACACGGGAUCUGCCGCGUAGCUGUUGCCCUUGGUGAAAACCACUCAAGGGCUCUGCUGGAACAGGUGGAGCAUUGGCAGGGUUUCCUGGCUCUGGUGAACAUGAUCAUGUUCUGCACUGGCAUCCCUGGGCACUACCCCGUCAACGAGACCACCAGCUCCCUCACCCUCACCUUCUGGUACACACUACAGGAUGAUAUCAUGUCGUUCGAGGCGGAGAAGCAGGCCAUAUACCUGCAGGUGUACAGGCCCGUGUACUUCCAGCUGGUGGACGUCCUGCUGCACAAGGCCCAGUUCCCCACAGAUGAGGAGUACGCCUCCUGGUCCUCCGACGAGAAAGAGCAGUUCAGAAUCUACAGGGUGGAUAUCUCCGACACCCUGAUGUAUGUGUACGAGAUGCUGGGAGCGGAGUUGCUUAGUAACCUUUAUGACAAGCUGGGCCGGCUGCUGACUAAUCCAGAACAGCCUACAUCCUGGCAGCACACAGAGGCUCUACUGUAUGGGUUCCAGUCUAUCGCCGAGACGAUAGACGUAAACUACUCCGACGUCAUUCCAGGCCUGAUUGGCCUCAUCCCCCGUAUCAACAUCAACAACGUCCAGCUGGCCGACACAGUCAUGUUUACUAUAGGCGCUCUGGCGGAGUGGCUGGCCGAUCACCCGGUGAUGCUGAGCAGCGUGCUGCCCCUGGUGCUCCAGGCGCUGGGCAACCCGGACCUGUCCGUGUCCAGCGUGUCCACGCUCAAGAAGAUCUGCCGCGAGUGCAAAUACGACCUGCCGCCCUACGCCACCAACAUCGUGGCCGUCUCGCAGGAAGUGCUUAUUAAACAGAUCCACAAGACGAGUCAGUGUAUGUGGCUGAUGCAGGCUCUGGGUUUCCUGCUGUCUGCCCUUCCUGUGGAGGAGAUUCUGAGCAACCUGCACUCACUCAUCACGCCCUAUAUCCAGCAGCUGGAGAAACUGGCCGACGAGACGCCGAACCCUUCCAACAAGCUGGCCAUCAUCCACAUCCUGGGCCUGCUGUCCAACCUCUUCACCACACUGGACAUCACCAAGCAGGACGACGAGUCAGGAGACAGACAACCGCCUGUCAAAUCAACCCCCCCACCCCCGGGACCCAACCCUGUGGUGGUGGUGCUGCAGCAGGUGUUUGCCCUCAUUCAGACCGUCCUCAGCAAGUGGCUCAACGACUCGCAGGUGGUGGAGGCGGUGUGUGCCAUCUUUGAGAAGUCUGUGAAGACUCUCCUGCAUGACUUUGCCCCCAUGGUGUCUCAGCUGAGUGAGAUGCUGGGACAGAUGUACAGCACCAUUCCUCAGGCCUCCGCACUCGACCUGACCAGACAGAUGGUGCACAUAUUUGCCAGCGAAACGGACCACUUCCCCCCAAUCAAAGCGCUGUUCGAGCUGGUCACCUCGGUCACCCUGUCCAUCUUCCAGCAAGGGCCCAGGGAUCAUCCUGAUAUUGUUGAUUCAUUUAUGCAACUCCAAGCUCAGGCUCUCAAACGGAAACCCGAUUUGUACUUGUCUGAGAAUCUUGAUGUGAAAGCGGUCUUCCACUGUGGAGUGCUGUCGCUUAAAUUCCCUGAGGCUCCAACGGUCAAGUCUACUUGUCAGUUCUUUACGGAGCUGCUGCCGCACUGUGCAGACACCCCUCCUGUGGGUCAGGUGGUCCAGCAGGAUGGGAAAAUCCUUCUACAGGCGGUGCUGGAGGCCAUCGGUGGCCAGUCGUCGCGGAGUCUGAUGGACCAGUUUGCCGAGGUGCUGUUCUCCCUGAACAAGCACUGCUUCGGCCUGCUCACGGUGUGGCUGAAGGAGGCGCUGCAGUCGCCCGGCUUCCCCUCCUCGCGCGUCUCCCCCGAGCAGAAGGACACCUUCAGCCAGCAGGUCCUGAGGGAGCGCGUGAACAAGAGAAGAGUGAAGGACAUCGUGAAGGAGUUCACCCUGGUGUGUCGAGGCCUCCACGGCACAGAGUACGCUGCCGACUACUGACUGACUGACCACUCUCCAGCUCCAGCUCCGGCUCCACAGUCCCGAAGCAGCCCGGUCAGGCGCUCCGGUGCCAGGACACCCAGCUUCUGGCGCUUCCCCAGGCCCCGUGAACUUCAUGGAAAUAUCCCCCCAACUCUCUCUCUCACACACACAUGCAGACACACACACACACACACACACAUAUACAUACACCAUGGCUCUACAGAUGUACUGCGCAGACGUGAUGUAGUCUUUCCCCCCAGUGCAGCCUGAGAUGAGGCAGAGACUAGCUGAGACUGUGCAGUCAGUCAGUGCAGGAGAGGUCAUGCUUUCCUCUUUUAUCCUCUCUUUCUUUCUCUCUCUCUCUCUCUCUCUCUCUCUCUGUCUCUCUCUCUUAUCUCCUUUUCAGUCUGUGUAUGCAGUCUGUCUCUGUCUAUCACUUUCUCUGUCAUAUCUUUGCACCCUUCAUUUAUCAAUCUCUACCUCUAUAUUCAUUUCACUUCUCCAUCUAUCUGUCUAUUUCCCCUCUUUCUUUCCUCGCCUCCACCUCUCCUGCGGCAUGCACUCUGUAAAAUGUCACCCCUUCUUUCUACUCGUUUUUUCGAUCUUCCGUGGCUCCUAGGCUGUUCUCUUGUGACUUUUGCAUCCGUACGAACAAAGAUAUAGUGUUAGGUCAACUUUUUUUAAUAGAUAAAUGAAAAAGAGCUAUAUUAUGUAUGUACACAUACACCAACAUAUAUCUAUAUAGAUAUAUAUAGAUAUAUACAAAUCUAUAUUAUUAAUACAGGGUGCGAUAGUCCUGCUGCCACUGCUGCUAACAGACAGAGGGACCAAUGAAGACUGAAAACUCCUGUGGCUUUAUUCAUUGAUCAUCUAUAUCUCUAUAUACAUAUAAAUAUCUAACAAUUCCAAGCUGUUGCCCUUCUAUGCCCUUACUCUGCCAAAUUGUUGUGAACUUUUGUCAUGUGAUUUAGGGGUUUUCUUUUUUUUUUUUAAUUGUCCUAUUUUUUUAUAUAUAUAUAUUUAACAUUAGCAGUUAUGGAGAAUGGGCAGGUCCAGUGGUAAUGGAAAGAAACUGACUGGACAGGAGAAGAAUGUCUGCUUUACUGCUGGCCCACACAGUGAAUGUGGAAGGACUCGUAUGCCCUCUCAGCUGAAGGGAUGAAAUGGACUCCUAAGAGAAUGGUGGCCGGUCCGGUGAUGAGGAGGGGGGACUCUUUAUCACUUCCUCUCAGGACUUUUGGCGUGGAACGUGGUUUUUUGUGACCGCUCACCGGAAAAGCAGGCCCUGGUUACCUGUUGGUCAGUCAGUGGUUGUUUGGAUGACCAGUAGUGGUGGGCCCACUUGGAGCUACUCUGUAAAACCCCCCACUAUACAGCACUGUUGUAGAGCCUGCAGCCUUGACGAUCGUGUUUUAGCCAUGCUAGUUGACGCACAUCUUGUGACAUGUCGCGUUAUGUAAAAGAUACACGUCUCACUUGUAGUUUGACUCUUCAGUGCACUUAUUGUUUUGGGAACUACAGUUUUCCUUUUAAUGGCAAAAAAAAAAGACGCAAGACACUAACAGCAAUCGUAAUGGCAUCUCCGUGAUGGCUAAAUCCUAAUCUGCCCUCCCCCUCCUCAUCUAGACACGCACACACACGCGCGCACACACACACACACACACACACACCGCAUGCCAUAAGUGUUGACCACUGUUUCUUCUGACAGUCCAUGCCCAGUUGGUGCCUGCAGACAUGUAGCAUGUGUGUUCUUUUCGGGUGGGAGUGGGUAUGGGAGACACAGGGAGGGUGUGCCACGCUUCGGUAUGCUGAGGGAGUGCCGGUACUGCUUUGAUGAUGCGCACGGUUCGGUUAUGCCACAUGCGUCAAUCAGUGAGACAAUUAAGAGAGAGGGGGGGGGUGGGGUGAGAGGUUGAUCUGUACAUUCAUUUUUUUGUACCUUGUUUUAAUU